AUGACUAUGUUCUUAUAUAUGAUAAAUCCAACAUCUGAGUGUCCAGAUCACCACAAAGGAUUUCAUAUUGCCCAACAUUUAUCUACAUCUGCAUCUCAAAGAAACCGUCCUCAACUUUGGCACGGUGUACUGACCCCCUCUCAAGUCUCUUUGAUAUAUGAGCUUGUUAAUUCAUUUUCAACUCUUGUCACUGUCACUGCUGCUACCACUACCACUAUUGUCUCCGCUGAGCUGUACUUGUUGACCACUUCUUCUGGUUUCAAUCUGAAGACCUUUCUUGAUUCCGCUGAAGUGAACAUCGACAAUGUCAAAGGCAACGAGCCAUUGCCUCCUUCUGCCUUCUCUCUCAGUCUUGAUGACAAUACUUUGUUGAGAGGUUACCAAGACACAAUAAUUGGCCAAUUAUUUUUGAACAACAUGAUUCAGAAGAUGCAGUUUAUCAAUCUUCUUGGCCAGGUAUAUAAAGGCAGCAAUGGUGUAGUUCGACGUGAUUCAAUCAUACAAGCAAUGUUUCAUAAAAACAAUGAUCAUAGAAUGAGCGCGUUUACUGGUCAGAUCCAAUAUCUUUUUGUCAGCGAUAUCAUCAACCCAGCUACGUACCAAGUGGACAGACAUACAUUUGCAUACAUCAGGUGGUAUAGAACGUCUUGUCAGGAUACAAGAAGUGAGCAGUUUGUGGAAAUGAGUAAAUUUUUAUUUAUAAGAAGCAACUUUCAAAACAUCUUACCUGUUUACCACAUAUUUAUGUCUGCUGCCAUUGGUGUACAUACAACUGUCACUGGUACAUCUUUUCCUUCACUUACACUUUCCCCUGUAUUUAAAACCUUUGCACUCAUAAUGAGCAACUCCAAUCAUACCCGAUUAUCCAUCAAUGAUAUUAAUGAUGAUCAUAUGAUCCGAAUCGCCCCAGAUUACAAGAUGGCCAAUUCCAAAGUCACCAAGACUUUUGCUGAUGAAGAGAAAUUCACUGCUACUGGUACAACUAGUCCUAGAGACGUUGUAUUGACUAUAUACUUUGUCUGUGAUCACCAAGGCUUCCUCAAGAAGGCCAAGGUUCAAGAACACUGCAAAAACAGAUUAAUUUUGCAUAUGUAA